GAUAAAAAGACUACAACCCCCGGCCGGCGCCUGGUUACAGCGGGGAGGGGGAGUGGGGGGGAAUCUGCUCGGAUUAUCCGCUCUUGCGCACUUUGUCCGGCCGAGCGGGGACUGGAACCCGGAGUCAGGAUUCGCGAGAAAACCAGGCGGAAAGAGGGGGGCAAAACCCGGCGCGGCCCGCUCCCGGUGCCGGCCCGGAGGGAGGGAGAUGGCUGGAGAUGGCACUGAUGAGAGAUUGUUUGUCUGGUGCGACGACUGUGGGGAAUACCACGACUCGGAAUGCCCGGAGCUGGGUCCGCUCGUGACCGUCAGCGACUCCUUCGUUUUGAGCCGAGCCCGGUCUUCACUACCACCCAGUUUGGAGAUCAGGCAGCUGGAAGAUGGAAGUGAAGGGGUCUUUGCAUUGUCUUCCCUAGUAAAGCGCACACAAUUUGGACCAUUUGAAGCCAAAAGAGUUUCCCAGCUGGAUAAAGAAAAUAUGUUUUCUCUGAAGGUUUUCCAGAAGGACAGGCCGGAGAUUUGCUUUGACACCUCCAAUGAAGAGGACUGCAACUGGAUGAUAUUUGUGAGACCUGCCGCGGACUAUCAUCACCAAAAUCUCACAGCCUACCAACACAGCCAUGACAUUUACUUCAACACGUUACAGGACAUUCAUCCUGGUACCGAGCUUCGUGUCUGGUACGCAGUGUUCUAUGCAAAGAAAAUGGAUAAAUCAAUGCUCAAGCAAACAUUGAAUGCAGUGAAGGACCAUCUGAUGAAUCACUUGGAGCAAGUUCACGGAGUGCCACCUCCAGUGAAAGAUCCGGUUCCCGAUCGAGCCGCGGAAACUCUCCUCAGCGACCCCCCAGCCGUGGUUGAGGUAGCCGCCAAUCCGGAGCACAAGUCCAGAGCCAGGCGGCCUCGGAAGCCAAAGUUACGGCGGGAUGACCCUGAACAGUUGCGGCCGGACUGCAAUCAGAACGCAGUGUCCGAGAGUAUUGUGAAAACCUCUUCAACAUCGGCGCCUUUGGAAGCACCUGUGCGUGAAGGAAGAAUGGGCGAUUUGUUAAAUUCGGGGAAGAUGUUGCGAAAUGGCCGUCAUGUGCGCCCAAAUUUGAGGCCAGAUACUCACAGAAAGAUAGUACGACGUUCAGGUGACCUACGAGUCUACCAGUGCUACCUCUGUAACAAAUACUUCAACAACAGCAGCAACCUGAAGAGACACAUCCGUUCCCAUGGUGAUAAACUUUACAAAUGCGAUGAAUGCGAGAAACAAUUCAGCCGGAAGGAGAGUCUGAAACAACACGUCUCUUAUAAACACAGCAGAAAUGAGGUGGAUGACAGCUACAUGUUCCAGUGUUCCACGUGUCUAAAAGCUUUCCGCAUCAGAACAGCGCUGGAGUUUCACAACUGUCGAACAGGUAAAAGAGACGACAAAACAUUCCAGUGCGAUAUGUGCUUCAGAUUCUUCUCGACGAACAGCAACCUCUCGAAGCACAAGAAGAAACAUGGCGACAAGAAGUUCUCCUGCGAUACCUGCGGGAAAAUGUUCUACCGGAAGGACGUAAUGUUGGACCACCAGAGACGGCACACUGAAGGUGGAAAACGUGUGAAAAAAGAUGGAAGUGUGAGCAAUGGAAUAGUGAAGAACAAAAAGGAACCAUCGGCAUGCCCUGUCUGUGGAAAGGUUUUCUCCUGUCGAAGCAACAUGAACAAACACUUGUUGACGCAUGGAGAUAAGAAGUACACGUGUGAGAUCUGUGGACGCAAGUUUUAUCGAGUCGAUGUCCUGAGGGAUCACACUCACGUUCAUUUUAAGGAUAUUCCACUGAUGAACGAGCAGCAGCGAGAACAGUUCAUCAGCAAACUUGGGAUCACAGCAGAGGAAACGGAUGAUGUGUCGGACGGACCAGGUGAUCCUAUUCCUCAUAAGUACAGCUGCAAGAAAUGCCAAGCCACGUUUGCCAAGGGGAGUCAGUACUUGAAGCAUCUGAUGGAGAUUCACAAGGAGAAGGGCUACGGGUGCACAAUCUGCAAUCGUCGCUUUGCGCUAAAGGCCACCUAUCACGCCCACAUGGUCAUUCACCGGGAGGAGCUGCCCGACUCUGACCCCAACGUGCAAAAAUAUAUCCACCCCUGCGAUGUUUGUGGAAGGAUAUUUAACAGUACAGGGAACUUGGAGCGUCACAAAAUAAUUCACACAGGAGUGAAGAGCCACACUUGUGAGAAGUGUGGGAAGUCCUUUGCCCGGAGGGACAUGCUGAAGGAACACAUGAGGGUGCAUGACAAUGUCCGGGACUACCUGUGUGCUGAAUGUGGCAAAGGGAUGAAAACCAAGCAUGCCCUGAGGCAUCACAUGAAGCUGCACAAGGGAAUCAAAGAAUACGAGUGCAAGGAGUGCCAUCGGAAGUUUGCCCAGAAGGUCAACAUGCUGAAGCAUUACAAGAGGCACACGGGUGUGAAGGAUUUUAUGUGUGAACUGUGUGGGAAGACUUUCAGUGAGAGGAACAGCAUGGAGAACCAUAAACUUCUACACACAGUUGGAAAGCAGUGGCCCUGCAGUGUCUGUGAGAAGAAAUUUGUUACUGAGUACAUGCUCUUCAAGCACAUCCAGCUGACUCACAAGAAGGUGGAAGCCCAGAACUGCCACCUGUGCGGCACGAAGGUUUCAACACGGGCUUCGAUGAACAGGCACAUGAGACGCAAGCAUCCUGACCAGGACAUAAGCUUGCAUGAGACCGAGCUGGCUGAACUGGGACAGGUGAAGAGAUCAAAACGAGCACAAAGGAAGAAGCGGAAAGUGGAAGAGGAGGAGGAUGACGAGGAGGAGGAAGAAGAUGAAGACGAAGAUGAGGAUGAAGAAGAUGAUGAUGAAUCAGCAACAGCUCCCGAAGAGGCUGCUAUGUAUUCCUACACAGACAAAGAGACUGAAUUUACAGCAACGGUUGAGGAUGAGACAGAUUCAGCAGUGCAAAACAUGAGUCAGGUGGUUGUGACGCUCAGAGAUUCGAACGGUUCCACGGCGACAAGUUCCGCCGGACUGACAAACAUUGCGGUUUCCUCCAACAUCAGCACGGUGGCCGGGACGCAGUUCACCAACCUGCAGCCCAUCACCGUGACCAACCUGACACUGCAGGACCGGCAGAUGCAGCUCGACUCCAUCCUGACGGUCAGCUUCGACUCCAUCAGCGGCUCCACCGUGGUUCACAGCCGGCCGAUGGAGAUCCAGAUCGAGGCGCAGCCCUCCUCCGCUCCCCAGGCCCACUCCUUGCCGCAGUCCAUGAACUUGACCACCUUCGUCAACUCUAUCGCCCCUGUUGAGAGCCCUCUGGCCGAGCAGCAGCAGCAGCAGCACAUCAUGACAUGGAGAGCUGUGCCGCAUGCCACGGACCCCACUCACCACAUCCUGCAGCUUCAGCAGCCAACGGUAACCUCACCAGAGCCAGCGCCUCAACUGCAGCAGCAACAGGUUCAGGUCCAGGCCCAGCAAACCCAGCAGCCCCAACAACAGAUGUACAGCUAUUAAUGAAUAACCCCCCUCACCCCUUUCCUUCCCCGCCACAAUAUGGACAACAUAGCCCCUCCCCCCUCUACCCCUCACCCUGGACUUUGUGAACACCCAAAGCUGGAUAAACUGCAAAAGGCACUCUGCUGCUUUACAGAGCAGAACAAAACAGUCCUCGAAGAUGGACACAAAAUGCUGGAGUAACUCAGCAGGACAGGCAGUAUCUCUGGAGAGAAGGAAGGGGUGAAGUUUUGGGUCGAGACCCUUCUUCAGUCCUCUCUUGGUUAGUGACGUUGGCUCCAGCCCUUUGUGCCUCUACAGUACUGUGCCAACCAUCUUCUGCAUUCAAUCCACACGCGCACCACCUCCAUGUUUCCACAGGCUUCCCAGCUUGGAUUUGUAGAUUCGAGGUGAACACGGCGUGAUGAGUGUACUUUUAGCAGUUUAAAACAAACGUUUUUUUUUUUAAUUAAAAGAAGAAAACAAAAUUUGGCUUGAAGUGAAGAGCACAAUUUUGCAAAAUUAAUGUAUAAACGAUUCUGCGACAGUUCAUAACAUGAGUUAAAACGUGUUG